AUGCUGCGGCCGCCGGAGCUCGUCCAGGCGGUGCAGCUGCCGGAGGACGAGCCGGUGGCUCUGGCCGACGAGGCGUUUCACUGGGGCAGCGAGUUCCUGGGGGUUGGGGGGGCGCUCUCCGCGGAGUUCCGGCUGCUGCUGCACCGCCUGGUGGAGCAGCACGUGCAGGAGCUGCAGUCCGAACGGGCCGACCGCGCCGAGCGGGCGAGCGAGAGGAGGGCCGCCGAACGGGCCGAGAGGGAGACGGCCGAGAGGGCCGAGAGGGAGGGGCACUGUGAGAAGAGCGCCCAGUUGGGGAGCGACGAGAAGAAAGCCUUUGCCAUGGCCAGCCGCAGCGGCUCCAGGAACUCCAAGACCUCGGCCUUCGCUGGAGCUCUUACGAAGCAGCACGAGGCUUUGCCGGCGGUGCACGCCAGCCAGAUCUUGGACGUGUGGGAGAGCAAGGACACCGGGAUGAUCGACGAGUGGGACGCUGCGUUGAAGAACCGGAGCUGGGCGGAGUUCGUGCAGUCCACCAGUUAUGAGUUCAUCAUGGCAGGGAUAUUGUCUUUGAACGUGCUGUGGAUGGCCUUUGAACUCCAGCUCUACGGCAGCUGGUCGGGCGACGCGCUGGUGGCAAAGCCCCCAGAGGUGGACUCGGAGUUCUGGGCCGCCUGUUUCAUGACCGGCGACCUCAUCUUCACCAUUUUGUUUGGCAUAGAUGUCACCGUGCGGAUCUGUGUGCUGAAGACUGCGUUCUUUCGCUCCCCUUUGAACUACAUCGACAUCACAGUGACCUUCACCUCAGUGCUGGAGGUGGUGGUCUACUACACGGUGCGGCUGCCGCUGAACUCGGCGUUCUUUCGGCUGCUACGCAUCGGGAAGUUGGCGCGGGCCAUCCGCAUGCUCACCAUGACCUCCGCCUUGGCGUCCCUUCAGCUGCUGGUGAAGUGCCUCGCAGCCUCGCGGGACAUGCUCUUCUGGAGCUUCCUGCUGCUGGCGCUGGUCCAGGGCGUGGCCUGCCUGGUGGUCAGCACCUUGUGCCGGGACUACGUGGACAACCCCGCCCUGGACGUGAAGCUCAGGGAAGAGGUUUACCAGUACUACGGCACCUUCACGCGCAGCUUCCUGACCAUGUUUGAGGUGCUCUUCGCCAACUGGGGGCCGCCUUGCAGAAUCCUGGUGGAGAACGUGAGCGAGUGGUUCUCAGUCUUCUUCCUGCUGUAUCGUUGUGUCUUGGGAUUUGCCGUGCUAAAUGUCGUGAACGCGGUGUUUGUGCAGCAGACCAUGAAGACUGCCAGCUCAGACGAGGAGCUUGCCUUCAAGCAGAAGCAGAAGGACAUGGCCACGUACACACGGAAGGUGAAGCGGCUUUUUCAGACCAUCGACAUUUCUGGUGAUGGCGCCAUCAAUCUGGAAGAGUUCGCCAAGCUGGUGAGCUCUCCGAAGCUGCAAUUCUGGAUGGGACAGUUGGAACUGGAAUACCAUGACCUGCUGAGCCUCUUCGAAUUUCUCGACAACGGUGACGGAGAGAUCACGCUCAUGGAGUUCAUCGACGGCGCAGUGCGGCUGCGGGGCAAUGCCAAGGCAUUGGACGUCUGGCGCAUGGAGACGAAGCUGGAGGUGCUGUUCCAGGAGGUGUUGACGGCGCUGGACCCCAAAACGAUGCGACAGGCAUCCACCAGAGUCCAGGAUGUCUUCAAUCAUUCCUCGUUCAAGCACAUCAAGUGCACCACGCACGCCAUGCGCAAUGCAGUUGCCGAUGAGAUGGAAUUUUGUUCCACUGAGACCGGAUAA